UUUAUUUUGGAGCGAUUUCCUUUCGCGUGCGUUACUUUUCAUAGAUUUUUAGAUCGGAAAAAUUGUGGAACUUUCUGUAUUUUUGCCUAAAAAUUGUUCAGAAAAUUACAUUCCCCAUUAAAAAAUAUUCUACUGAUAAAUACCAAGUGACUUUCAGUGAAAUAGAACUGUGCGUCUCGUUAGUUCUGCACGUUUCCCCCAAACCUUACAAAUGGCUGUGGACACUGAAAAAGAUUCCCAGCAGGAUCAACCACGACGUCACAAGAUUCCAGUUCCAUCCAAUUACCGAACGGCAUCGAAGAUACUACGUCGAGUGGUCGAGGAAAGAUGCAACGUGAAAACUCUGAUCCUGGAGGAGAAGCACAUCCGCAAAGGAAAGGGUCUGGCCAUUAUGGACUUGAUCUUGGUCAAUCUGAAACAAAUCGACGAGUUGUUGAAACGGACGAAUCUGCUUACAAAGGAACCUCGUUUGAAUCCGUGGUUGGCAAAAGUACUGAUAGCGGAAUUGAUUUUCGGUCGUGGAGAGUUGAAUGGGGAUUCGCUUCCGGUACAAUGUAUCAAGCGCUACAAGGAGGAACUGCAAGCGACACUUGGCGAAUUGGAUGUGGCACCGACUAAACAGCUAGAUUUUAAAGAACCUCGUUAUAUUCGUAUUAACACUAGCGUAUUGGCCCAACCCGGUGCCAUUCGAUUACUGCAGGAGGAAGGCUGGAUGUUGGUGGAGGAAGAGUUUGAAAAGUAUGCCGAUUUUUUGGAACGAGUCAAAAAUCUGGGAGACUCGGAGUUCAUCGUCGAUUUUCACUUCAAGGAAGUGUUGGUGUUUCCCAACAGCGCCAAGAACUAUUGGGCGCGAGCCACAGAGCUGAAGCAGAAAUUUGUUUUGCAAAACAAGGCUUGCAUCAUUCCAACUUAUCUGCUGAACCCUCCGAAGAAGAGUGUAGUGCUGGACAUGUGUGCUGCUCCGGGUUUGAAAACCACUCACUUGGCAAACUUGAUGAAGAACAAGGGUCGUAUUUACGCUGUCGAGCGAGACGCGAAUCGCUACAAACUGCUUUGCGAUUAUUCAGCCGAUUUCGGCGUCAUAAAGACAAUCAACGACGACUGCAUGCUGGUGGGUGAUGAACAGGCGCCUGGGGUUGAGUACAUUCUGUUGGAUCCCAGCUGUUCCGGGUCCGGCAUGGUGAGUCGUCUGAAGUUAAACGAAGAGUACGACAAGCAACGGCUGUACAGGUUAGGUGGUCUGCAGUACAAACUACUUUGCCACGCAAUGAAUGCAUUCCCAUCGGUGAAGCGUAUUGUCUAUUCAACAUGUUCCAUUUUCCCAGAGGAAAAUGAAGACAUUGUACAGGGAGCUCUGAAGCAUAACGGCCAUUUCAAGCUGACGGAUGCCAAAGAACAACUUGGCAAGGAAUGGCACAAUUUCGGCUCGCCGGACUACCCUGGGAUCGGAGAGAAGUGUUUGUAUGCUAGAUCGGAGACUGACCUUACCAUUGGCAUGUUUGUGGCCGUUUUCGAGCGAUGCAAUGAAGAUGAGUACAAUGAGGUGUACUUAGCUCACGAGAAGCAAAAGGAAAGUUAUGAAAAGCUCUCUAAAAUGGGACAAGGCAUGGACUUUGGCCGUGGAAAAAAGGGGAAAGGAAAGAAAAAGACACAGCCUCACGAAGAAGAGUUUUUGGAGCAAACAGACGUAAUAAAUGACACAACUCUAGAGCUCGAUCAGUUGCUAGCUGAUCACAAUGACGAUUUUCCCAAUAAGAAGGCUAGGGACAACGGUCUGGAAGAAGCAAGCAAAACAGUUGAGCACGCACAUGUAGAAACAGAUUCGACUGGCAUCAUCACUGAAAAGAAAAAUAAGUCAAAGGAAGCAGUAAAAGACAACACAAACGAACCAGACGCAGAGGUAAAGAAAACAAAGAAGAAAAAGAAGAAGACACAGCCAGAUGGAGAAGAAGAAUCUCUGGAGCUAACAGACGUGGCAAACAACGUAUCUUCAAAGCUCGAUCAGCUGCCUGCCGAUCACUAUGACGUUCAUCUGAAAAAGAAAAAGAAGACUAGGGACAAUUAUCUCGACGAAGUAAACACAACAGUAGAGCAAGCAGCUGUAGAAACCGAUUCGAUUGACAUCAGCACUAAGAAGAAAAAGAAGUCGAAAAAAGCAGCAGCAGAUGAAGAAUCCGGGACAAACGAACCAGACGUAAAGCCUAAGAAAACAAAGAAGAAGAAACGCAAGCAUGACACUGAACAGGAAGUAGAUGAAGAGUCACUACAACAUAGUGAGCCAGAUACUGAUGAAGCCCCAAAGAAGAAAAAGAAAAAGAAGAAGAUGGAUCAAUGUGAAAAUGAGUAGAGUAAAAUAUUAAUAAAAGUUAGAGCAGAUUCUUCCAUACAAAACUAAAAA